GGGAACCCAUUAUCUAUCACAAAAUGUCGUCAUAUUUCAUGAAACCGUUCUCAGAAAACUUUACCUUUGGUUACUUAUCAAGUAGGUGUAACACGAGUAUUAUUUUAUAUUAUGUUUUCCUUCUUUUUCCAUUACUCAGACAUAUUUCGCAAACAUUUGUUCACUGGCUUACCUACUUAUAAUUGACAUAAUUUUCCUUCUUAUUCUUUUAUCCCGAUAUUGUGGUUGGUACUCCCCAGUAGAAUAACCAAUUUAGUGUUACGCAUUGACGUGUCGAGGUAUAUAAAAGGGCUUGUUUUUUGGUCAUUAACAUAUAUAUUUUUGACUAGUGAAUUUUCUUGUUUGUCUGUGGUCGUUUUUUGAGAAUGAAGCAAUUCUUAGCAAUAAUUACUGUGGUGGCUGCAAUUUGCUUGCAGUGCCAAGCAAAGACUUUUACACUCUGUAAUUUGGUUCACGAGCUCAGAAAGCAGAAGUUUCCAGAAAACGAAAUGAGGAAUUGGGUUUGCCUUGUGGAGAAGGAAAGUGGACGUCGCACUGACGUCAUCGGGCCUCCCAAUAGUGAUGGGUCCCGCGACCACGGCCUCUUCCAGAUCAACGACCGCUACUGGUGCAACGAUUCUAAUGUACCAGGAAAAGAGUGCCAUGUUACCUGCCAACAGUUGAGGACUGACGACAUAACUGCUGCAUCAACUUGUGCGAAGAAGAUUUAUCGGCGUCACGGAUUCAACGCUUGGUACGCUUGGCGCGAUCACUGUAAAGGAAAGUCUCUACCAGACAUCAGCAGAUGUUAAUGGAUCAGGAAGACAACUAGGCUAUCAUUUAUAUUAAUUCCAAAUAAUACAUACUAUACGCGUGUAUUGAGUUAAAUUGGAUUAGAGACAGAAUAAAUGUUUUUUUAUUGUGGUUUGCUAAAAGUCACAUGAAAAUUAUAUAUAUUUACAAGUUUAAAAAGCAAAAAAGCUGUAUUUAUGUGAGGUUACUUAGCCGACUCAUAAUUCUAUAAUAAAAAAUAAAAGUGAAGUUUAUCAGUCAUGUUAACCCAGGAAGGGUUGCUCAGUAAUUAGAACAGUUGCUCGGAUUUCGAAAGGUCGUGGGUUCGAGUCCCAUCUCAGAGUAUUAGAGCAAGAGGAUUUUUUAACCAUUUUUUCAUUAAAACAAUUAAAUUUUGUUUAUUUUGACAUAGUUUUUGUAAACCAUACAUACUUAUAUUGUAAAAAGGAAUGAUUUGAUGCUUGUUUGUUUGCAUUGAGAAGGCUCCGAAACUAUUGGACCGAUUUAAAAAAAAUACACAGGCAGAGUCGCGGGAAAACAGCUAGCUUUAUCUAAAUUGGAUCACAACUCAAGAAGAAAUCGGUGAACUUAUUUACAUUAAAUAUACAUAACCGUGGAACAUAAAAAAGUAACUUUUUGUAGGGCCGGUCAUAAAGGACGGGUGACCAAAAUUUUUUUAUCUCCAAUACCAACAAACUAAGGAGCUAAAGUACUUGUUAUAUCUAAUUAAUCUACAAUAUCUCAUCUAAUUAAUCUACAAUAUCUCAUCUAGUUAAUCUACAAUAUCAUAACCUAAUAAUAAAAGAAAAUUUACAAGUAGACAAGUA